AUGAGCUAUCGCGGGCUUAUUGGAACAUGGCCAGGAGCAAGACAAGACGGCGCAGCAGACAAGCAAGCGGCGCAGAAGCCGUCGCAGAUGAAAAGGCAGAGACAAGCUGGAAGCUGGACAGCGCUGGACGAGCUGCAGGCCGUCGCCGCAUGUUCGCUCAUCUCGCUCGUGGCGGCCCUGGACCCCGAUCACUCAGAUCACUCGCCGAUCUCUUCCCCCGCAGCCUCGCGUGGCUCUGCCCACUCCUCAUCGUCGCGGAUGGCCUCUGCAUUCGCAGUGCCGCCGCUGCCCGUGUCGCCUGCUGCACGCCCGCCCACCAUCCACAGCGCAUUCGUGCCCUCUCGGGGGUCUCUGCUCACGGCACAUUCGGCCUGGCCGCCUAUCAACAGAGAUCUCCGACGUAGAAUCCCUCAGACGCGCAGGCAGCUCCCUCGUAUUUUAGUCGUCUGCUGCCCUCGUGCGCUGUUUCGCCCCAUUAUGUGUCCGGGCAGGCAGCCCCCUCGGCUCUGCAGAGCCACGUUACGUCCUCAGACAAUUCGCCCGUGGGGCGCAUCCUUGCUCCGCGCGCAGCAUAUCCCGAAUGGGCGAGAGGCAGUGCCAGCAUGCGGCCCGCUCGAGGCAGGAAGCCACACAUGGCCACGGUCAGCAUCGUACACAGGCAAUCUUGCAGCGUUGCCUAUCUAG